AUGGCUUCAUGUGUUAUUGGUGAUGUAAAGCAUCAAGAAAGUGCUUCAAAGGCUCUUCCAAUCAACCACCGGUUUUUAGAACCAGAGAAAGCAGUUAAGACUUUUACAGAUAUGGCUUUGUGGGAAAAAUCUGAAGCAUACAUGGAAUACACAGGCUUCAUAGCUACACUGAAUGAAUCCAUCAAAAGAAAGCCUCUGUCAGUGGACUGUAAAAUAUCUGAUAAUAUCAAGAAACUGUUGACAUUACUUGAGAAACUUGACAAAUUGAUAGAUGAAUAUCCACCAAUGGAACAGCCGCAGCGAUUUGGUAAUGUGGCCUUUAGAGAGUGGUUAGCAAAAGUCAAAGCUAACUCCACAAUAUUGUUGCAAGAAAUGCUAGAGCUCAGCUUGCAUGUAACCAUAUGCGAGAUCAAAGUGUACUUAGAGGAGAGUUUUGGUAACGCUACUAGAAUUGAUUACGGGACAGGACAUGAGAUGGCUUUCGUAAUGUUCCUAUGUUGUUUGUAUAAAAUUGGUAUGUUAGACACUGAAGACAAUGUGGCUACAGUGUUUAUUAUCUUCAACAAAUAUAUACAGAUAGCAAGAAGACUGCAGAAAACAUAUAGAAUGGAGCCGGCAGGCAGUCAUGGUGUUUGGAGUUUGGAUGAUUAUCAGUUCAUACCAUUCAUUUGGGGCAGCUCGCAGCUUAUUGAUCAACCACGAAUAUAUCCACCUGCCAAGUUUUUGGAGGAUGAUAUUAUUGAGAAGUAUUGUGAGGAAUAUAUGUUCAUAUCAUGUAUCAAGUAUAUAAAAGAAGUAAAAAAGGGUCCUUUUGCUGAACAUUCUAAUCAGUUAUGGAGCAUAAGUGCAGUAGGUUCUUGGACAAAAAUUAACCAGGGUCUAAUUAAAAUGUACAAAAAAGAGGUACUGGCCAAGUUUCCAGUAGUACAGCAUGUGUUAUUUGGCUCUCUGCUUCCUAUCAGAAGGUUCCCGUUGAAUUAA